AUGUUUGCUGACAAGAACGACAGGUCCUCCCCGGGACUCGGGGCCUUGCUAGGCCGCUUUCUGCGCGGCUUGCACCCCUAUCGGCUUUUUGAGCGGGUGGGAGCUGCAUGGUCGUAUCUGAUGGGUCCCUGGGAAGCAUCGUCCUUCCUCCCUUCCGGCUGGUUGAUUCACAGGUCCGUGCGGUCUGGUGAGUUGCCCGAGGUGCUUGAAGCUCUGGGCUUGCGCUCCGGUUCUUGGGAGGAGCUGGGAGAGUGCUUUGACGAGCUGGGGCCCUUGAAGGAGCUCCUUGCGCCUGAGGUCGGAGUUGAUCUGGACCUUCUGAAAUCGUGGAAAGGUGUCUCUGCUGGUAAAGAUGAGGACUCCGCAUUCAAGGAACUGUCCGCCUGGCAAAAGGUGUUCUGGGAGCAAGGACUGACCUGGAAUGAUGGUGCAGAUCCAAACCAAGAAGAGUGCCAUAAAACUGCCUCUGCCAGUCAUACUUUCUCUUCGGCUGACCAGACGCUUACUAACGACCAUGAACCCUACAAAGUGGCACCUGAGAAAAGUGGAGCCCUGCCACAGCCUUCCUCCCUUGGUAUAAUAUCCUGUAUCUUAAAUGUAAGGGCAGGUGGGGUGCUCCCUGGGUUCCAAUGGAAAGAUGAGCAAAGUGGAGAUGCCACUGUGGACAACCCAAGUCAGAGUGAGUUUGAGAUUCAGCAUAUUCGGAACAAGAGACUUCGAUUUCUGCAGCAGAACAAGACGCAAGAGGAUGUCGCUUCUGAUGUCAAGCAAGAAGCUAGUGAAAUGGAACAGAGUGACAAUAUAGUGCCCAAACUCCCCGAUCCUAUGCACUUCUCAUCGCCUAACCAGACUGAUUCUACUUUCAAUUUAGAUUUGUCUGUAUCCAAAAGUCUUGAAGGCCAAAGUAAAAAAAUGAAUGACCAAUGUGAGCAGCUAUCAGAUAUUAGCUUGAUACAGGAAGAUGCUCUGGAGUUUCUAGAAAUGAAUGUGAAGCAUCGUUCCUGUUACCCUCAACCAGUUGUGGUUCAGGAAGUGGGCAAGUCAGACAACCUCCAGCAUGUAUGUCCUUCCAGUCCUGAUAAGGACCAAGGAUAUCACAGUCUGGAAUAUUGGCAGUGCUCGCCUCUUCCACAAAAUCUUACCACUGUAAAUUCUGAAGCACCUGUAGCCUGUGACUUAGACAGGGAGUCUGUAUUAUUAGCCUUGCCAACAGGGCUGUCAGCUUGUCCAGAUGACCAAAACAAUGAAGACCUGGACUCUGAUUUGCAAGAUGAAAUUCCGAUUUCUUCAGUUACCUUUUGCACAAAUAAACACAUUGGCUAUAUUUUGGGAACAGUCGUAAGCGAUGAUGAUACAAGUCCAUCAAGCAGCGAUGAAUGGGAGGACGAGGAGGAGGAUAAUGAUGAUGGAUUUGACAGUGAAGGAUCAAUGUCCUCCACAGACAGUGAAAAUUCUGUCCCUGAAGAUGUGCUGUGGAAUUCCUUUUGUUCUGCUGACCCUUACAACCUUCAGAAUUUCACAGCUUCUUUACAAACUGGUGUUACAAGUGGAGGCAACUCACUUUCUCUGGAAACGGAGAAUCAACAUCAGUCUGAUGAAGAAUUGUGGCCUGAUAGUAAUGCAGAUUCAGACAGUGAGAGUGACUGUAGUGCUGAUGGACAGGAAAAUCUAAGACUUUGGAAUGCAUUUUUGAAAUCGGAUGACCCUUACAACCCCCUUUACUUUACAGCCCCUGUGCAAACAUCAGAUAAAAAAAGACAGAGUAGUGAAAUUGCUAACACAUAUUCAGAGACUGUUUGUAGACCCCUUCCAAGUCACAAAGGAACUUUAGAUACACUUCAAGCGUAUGGCCUCCAGCAUCUACAGUUUAAAGAAACAUACAACGUGGAAGAGAGUGCCAAUCUUCGACAUAAAAAGGUUACCUUCCAUGAAAAAGUCACCAUUCACUAUGUGUGCGGUGAAGAAGAACGGAAAGGUCACUGGGAGGAGCUUGCCCGGGACCACUGCCGUUUUCAGCGUCGUAUAAAGGAAACAGAAUUUGUUAUUGGACAUUGCUUGACACCUGAUCACAGACAAAGGGCAUGGGAGAGAAUGCAAGGACCAUGGAGCAGCUAG